UAUGAGGAAGGAAGGGACAGUAUCCCUGAACAUCCGUGUGUCUAUGAGAGUGAUGUAGAGAUCUGUUUGGUUGGUGGCAGUUGCAAGAGUCCCAUUGGAAGAUUUUGGAAUGGAAGCAAUACAAUCUUUAUUUUGCAGAAAGCAGCACACCAUGAAGAAAGUGUCUCAGUGGAUGAAUCCAAAGCAGAUGAUGCUGUUUAUGCCCCUGAGCUUUUGCCAAGGGAGAGUUCUGGACCAGUGGCUCUUUCUGUUGGAAGAGCAAAGCAGUUGCUGUCCUUAUACACAAUGGUGCAAAAUCCAAACAUGACCCACUGGGCAGUAAGUGACCCAGUUGUGCUUCCUCCCCUCUGGAUCAGGUGUGAUGGCUCAGAUCCUGAACACACCUUCUGGGUUGGAGCUGAGCCUCUCAAAGCUGGGAACAAAAUCACAGGGGUCAGUUUGCACAUUGUGUCCUGUGAUGGUCCCACAGCUGAUAAAACCUGUUUUCCAAACCUGGAAGAGCUCAAAAUGGCACAUAAAAUAAGACAUCAUUCAUCUGUUGUGACAACUAAAGGCUUUGCUCAGUAUGAACUGAUUCGAGCUGCUCCCAUAGAGGACACCAUUGCAGGAUCUGAAAGCAGCAUCUAUGUGGAUAUCACCUGGAACAGUGUUGAUAAGAUUCUGGAGUGUCCCCCACUGAUUUCAGCUGCAACACUGAACAUUGCCCUGGAGCCUGGCGACCCCAGAAGUCCUGUGUACCCGCUGUACAGGGAGCUGCAGUUUCUCCUUGCUUUGGCUGAAGGAUUGAGGACAGGUGUGACUGAGUGGCCUGAGCCUUUAGAGUCUGAAUCAGCUGUUGAACUGGUCCAGGAAUUUCUGACUGAUUUAAAGAAGAACCAGGAUGGGGGUUUUAGAGCUGCAAACAAGAACAAAACAGAGAAAAUCAAGUGUGACACAGCUGCAGUGGACAGCUCCAUAAAAUGUAUCUUCAGUGAACGAGGAGACCUGGAUUUUGCUGAGCAGUUAUGGUGCAAAAUGAGAAGUGUCAGUUCCUAUCAGGAGUUGGUAGAGUGUUUCACACUGGUUCUAAAAUCCCUGGAACAUGGGGAGAUACAGCCAUGGAUUCACCACGGGAGUAGCAGUUUCUUAAGUAAAUUGAUCCAACAGUCCUACCAUGGAAAGAUGGAGGUUAUUUCCCUCAGUGGUGUCACUCCCAUCCAAAUGCUCUUGGAGAUUGGUUUGGAUAAGAUGAAGAAGGAUUAUGUCAAUUUUUUCAUAGGCCAGGAACUUGCAACAUUAACCUACUUGGGUUGCUUUAUUUCCACAUCAGUAGAUCUACAAGAACAAGUUCAUCAUGUUCAAAAGCUUCACCAUAUGCUGGAGAUAAUGGUCAGCUGUACAGUCUUACUGCAGUUUAAACAUGAGAACCUCUUCCCUCUGACACAGAUUUGCAUGAAGUAUUACAAGGAAAACCCUCUCAAUGAGAAGCAUGUGUUCCAGCUGCCCAUCAGACCUGCUCAGGUCCAGAAAUUCUAUCAAAAUGAUCACCCUGAAAUAUGGAAAGUGGAGAUAAGUAGCGGCCAUGGACCAAAGGAGGUUAAAACAACCUGGCAAGUUAGUACUAAUGCUCCAGUUGAACACAUGACAUCAGAUAAUUCAGCUGUGUUUUGUGACUCCGCAGUGACUGGAAGCACCGAAGAAAGACUCUAUUUUAUUACAGUGACACAGUGUAGUCAGGUGCAUUUCACAUAA